UUAAUUUUUGUUGCUGUGUGUCCAUUUUAUGAAAACUUGCCAGCUGUAUUAACCAUUUAGUAUUAUUUCAUGAAACUAUGACUUCUUGGGGACUAUUGCUUUAUUAUGUUAUUUAAGUUCACAUUUUUAUCUAAUGUUUAUAUUUUGUCUUAUUCACCUUUAAUUACCAAAAAUAAUUCUUAAUAGUGUUAACAAUACCACUACUAAACUAGAAAUGUCCCCAGUUUUCAUUUGGGAAAUCUGGUCACCUUACAGUACACCAACUGCAGACUUCAGACGUGACACACUCUGAGAGGGAGAGAAAGAGAGAGAGAGAGAGAGAGAGAAAGAGAGCUGUGAGGCGUUGCUGGUCAGAGGCAGUUCAUUAGCUUUCUUUUCUGAAUUGGAGAUGAGGUUGGAUUUCCAGUUCUUGUGCAAACUGAAGGCUUGGAGGGAGAAAAUAUGAAGUAGGAGCAGCACAUUCACACAUGCACAUUCCUUAUUGAUCCAGCACAGAUCAUCAGCUUUUAAGUCCACCUCUCUCCAGCUAAAUCCCUCUGCGGUGACCACUCCACCCAUUCCAUACCUCUCGGAGCAAUUGAGGUUUUUGUGUCAGGUCUAUUUUAAAGCACGGCCCCUGAGAUCACUGCACUUUAACUAAAGGGGGAAGGGAAGAGGUGUGCUUGCAGUGGCUGCGGGUCGCCCCUCUCUUGUGCAGCCAACCGUUGCAGAUUAGAAGUGUGAAGACGCCAUCAAUAACAGGAUGUUAAUGCUAGACGGAAUGCCUGCAGUCCGAGUCAAAGCAGAACCUCUGGAAUCUGAGAGAGGGUCACCCAAAGUGCACGGCUAUCCUGAUAUGGAGACUGUGCCGCUCCUGCUCAGCAAAGUGAAGGCGGAACCUCCAGAAGACCUGCUCUCAUCCGAGCAGUUCCAAACCCAGACAGAGCCUGUAGACCUGUCCAUCAACAAGACAAGGACAUCAUCUCCUUCCUCCAACACCUCAGCCUUCUCUCCAUCUUCAUCAUCAUCAUCCUCACCUUCUGUCAUCACCUCAGUCUCCUCGGGAAUGCCCUCUGUUUUGACACCCGGGCCCUUGGUGGGCUCUCCUCAUGGAGUUAGAGGCCAGCAAUUUCUGCACAUCAUCCACCCCGUCCCCACUUCCAGCCCCAGUAAACUUCCCAGCCAGGUGCAUCGUAUCCCUGUGGUGGUGCAGUCGCUGCCCCUCAUGUACACCACAGCUGUUCACUCCCCGUCAACCCUCAACUCCACCAUCAUGUUACCUCUCCUGGACGAGGCCAAGUGCCAGGGCAAAGCACAAACAGACCCCAAUGGCCUGUCGCCAAGACAAAUCAAAAGUGACAGUGAUGAUGACGACCUGCCAAACGUGACCUUGGACAGUGUUAAUGAAACUGGAUCCGCGGCGCUGUCUAUAGCACGAGCAGUCCAGGAUUCCAUGUCACCAUUCAGUAUUGAGAGCAUUCGACGGCCACAGCCCCCUGAAUCUCCAGACUCCAAGAAAAGACGCAUCCACAGGUGUGAUUUUGCUGGCUGUAAUAAAGUUUAUACCAAGAGCUCCCAUUUAAAGGCACACCGGAGGACACACACAGGUGAGAAGCCAUACAAGUGCACCUGGGACGGCUGCACAUGGAAGUUUGCCCGCUCGGACGAGUUGACACGGCAUUACCGUAAACACACAGGGGUCAAACCUUUUAAGUGCGGGGACUGCGACCGAAGCUUUUCCCGCUCAGACCAUCUGGCCCUGCACCGUCGCAGACACAUGCUGGUUUGAAGCCACCCACUCACUCACUCACACACACGGGAGAGCUGGAUCUCCCCCAAAAGUGUUCAGCUGGGCUGGACACAGAAAUGGCCAUCCCUGCCCCUGAGAGUGAGGAUAAAAGAGCAAGCCAAGGACGAGUAUGAUGCUUUCCCCACAUUUGCAGAGCUAAACGGGGUCCAUUCAGGGAGGGAGGAGUCCUGAAACAUUUGGAGUCCAGUAUGUCGAUUGUCUCAUGUCUGUUCAAAGGAUUAUUUCACUCGGACAAACGGUUUGUUUUCUGAUUUUUCCUUUCUGAAUCAUCUGUGUGGUCUGUUUGAACAUGGCUGCUUCUCACUCAACUUCUACAAUGUAAAGAAACGCAGAGUGGAAUGGCUUUAUGUGUUGUUCUGACAGAUGCAAAAGGGGAGCGUGACCGUGAAUUGGUGUGCUUGCACAAUUUUUUACAUUUACCUUUUUGCGGAACAUCAAGAGCCAGAAGUAUCUGAGAAGGAUUAAGCAGAUCUUCUAAUGAUGAAGACUUUGGGCCAGUGAUUCCGGAGGUUUCCAAGGUUGCCAUAUACAGGUUAACACACCAGCGAAUGAGUUUACACAACAAAAUGUUCAUUUUGGAUCAUAAUAUCUUCUGUUCCUCGCAAUUGUUGAUUUUAUACGAAACUGAUUGAAUUCGAUUAACAGACAAAGUAUAGGUGGGCUUCUGCUGUCUACUCUCCACAUUUGUCUUAAUUUCAUCACACUGAGUCACUAAUUAGGAAAAUAUGUGUAAAUCUGGAUAAUGAGGGUCUACUCAGACAGGUAACUCGAGACAGAAGAGCAAUAUACUUAUUCCGAGCACCACAGGGGUGAGCUGGCCUGGUCCUGACCCAUAUACAUGGUCAAAACAUUGGCUUUAUACCAGUGCCGCUUUGUUUUCUAUCAUUCAGAUACAGAUUUCUAGCGGGGGUGUAGUCUUUCACAACUUUCUAGAAUAUUAUGCUGAGGAAAUCUCUUGAAUGUCCUCUGUUUUCUUCUCCUUUUGUGAGAUUGCUUUUGAGCCUAAUGUCAGUUAUGGUCAGUACAACAGCACUAUUCAAUGGAUUUGUUCUUCACUUUGUAUUUAUGAAGUGUCUUUGCAAACAUCAGUGUAUCCAUUUGGUAAUUAUUUUGAUAACACUUCAAUUAGUUAAUGCAUUUGGUAACAUUGAAUUAAAAAUGUACAUUGCCAUUUAGAAGUUUGGGGUCAGUAAGAAUUUUAAUGUUUUUGAAAAGUCUUUUAUGUUCACCAGGGCUGCAUUUAUUAGAU